GGCGAGGACCGCUAGUCACCUCUGAGCUCGCGUCAGUGUGUGAUCUCCGCCCGGCGCUCUGUCCCGACCCGUCCCUCUGCCGGUGUGAUUGUGAGAACUCUACGCUUUGAAACUGUGACUGUGUGACGUGUAGCGUGUAGUAGGAACGGCACAAACAUGGCCCCUCAGGCCCCCGAACAGACCAAGGCGCCGGACCUCCUGGAGGAGGAGCAGCCGCAUCACCACCACAACCUCGAGGAGCGCGAAAUUCAUAUAGAUCUACGGAAAAUUUACGCCGACCUUCGUAACCUGGACUGGUCCAAGGUGGUGUGGCGGAACGUGACGCUAUUCGCCCUGCUGCACAUUUACAGCGUGUACGGGCUGUACCUGGCGCUGUUCUCGGUGCAGUGGAAGACCCUCGUCUUCAGCGUGGUGCUGUACUUCAUGGCGGCGCUCGGCAUCACCAUGGGCGCGCACCGCCUGUGGUCGCACCGCUCGUUCAAGGCGUCGCUGCCCCUCCGCAUCGUGCUCGCCAUCUUCCAGACGAUCGCCUUCCAGAACGACAUCUACGAGUGGGCGCGCGACCACCGCGUCCACCACAAGUACAGCGAGACGGACGCCGACCCGCACAACGCCCGCCGCGGCUUCUUCUUCUCGCACAUGGGCUGGCUCAUGUACCGCAAGCACCCGAGCGUCAUCGCCAGGGGCAAGGGGCUCGACCUGUCCGACCUGCAGAACGACAAGGUGGUCAUGUUCCAGCGCAAGUUCUACCUGCCGCUGGUGGUGACGGCGUGCUUCGUGCUGCCGACGGUGAUCCCCUGGUGGUACUGGGACGAGCACCUGGCCAACGCCCUCAUGGUGGCGGGCUUCCUGCGCUACACCAUCGUGCUGCACAUCACCUGGUUCGUGAACUCACUGGCGCACUGGGUGGGCACCAAGCCCUACGACAAGAGCAUCUACCCGUCGCAGAACCCGAUGGUGGCCUACCUGGCGCUCGGUGAGGGCUGGCACAACUACCACCACGUCUUCCCCUGGGACUACCGCACGGCCGAGCUCGGGGGCCUUGUCAACUACAACAUCACCAGCCUCGUCAUCGACUUCUGCUACAAGAUCGGCCUCGCCUCCGACCUCAGGACCGUCACGCCCGCCAUGAUCGAGAGACGCAUCCAGAGGACGGGCGACGGCUCCUACCAGCCGCCCGUGGCCACGGCGAAGUGAACGCCCAGACGCCCACUCGCCCGCCCCUGCAACAAACAAUGCACAACUGCACGCCCGUCGUCAGCCCUGCACCCUCCCUCCCACCACCACCACCUCUCCCCGCCCCCGCCCGAGACAGCGCCGAAACAUGUACCCUUGGGAGUAUAGCCGUUUGUAACCGAGUAAUUUAGAAGUGGUAUUUCAAGUUUAUACUACACACAUAACACACACAUCUAUAUAUAUCGUGUGGAAACAAGUGUUUAUAUUAGUUCUUUUGGUAUAUAACACAUAGCAACGAAAGUGCAACCUCUUUGUAAACAAGAUAGUGCAGGUACACCAAGGCCUUACUUUUGGCACCGCUGAAGAACGGAAAGGAAAAAGCACUUUUUAGCAGGCCGAUUUUACCGUGUUAAUUCCUUGGCCGAGGUUCAUUUCUCUUAUGUAUUCACCGGGCUACGUCACACGAGCAAAGUAGUAGUUCUAGGCCUUUUAUUGUAACCCGGAAUUAUUGGGUAUCGUUUGAUAUGUGUGUUGGUUAUAUAUACAAAUAUAUAUCUGUGAGUGAACCACCGCGAUGCUUUUUUGUGAGAAAUGCAACCAGAUUUUGUGAUGUGUCAAAUAAAUAUAUAGUUUUCUGUCUUACCACUAAUCAAUGGCUUUCCUAUGAACACUUUAUCCAAAAAAAUGCUUGUAGCAAAAAAUCAAUGAGGAGGAUGAGGUGUAUCAGUUCUCCCUUCGCGAAUCUUGGAAGUUUUUUAAAAAAUGUGAUGAAGAGGAACAGAUGGACGUGAGAGAUAAGGGUGCUCAUUCAUUAAAAAUAACAAUAAAACUAAACAAAAACAAAAAAUAGAAAGAUCUCAAAGCUCAUUUAGAAAAAAAAAAUAAAUACUGAACCAAACGGAGAGAAAGCUUUUGAAUACUAAUCUGUGCUCUUGUCCCCUCUGUGUUGUGCUGUGUCGACUCCUCCAUAGUGUGUGGAGUGUGUGUGUGUGUAUAGUGAAGAGCGAGUAACGAGAUUUUGUUGUGUUGUUGCUUAAGUUUUAGUCAUUUACAUGGAUGAGAAUCUUAAAAUACGUGAUCCUCUACUUGAUGUGUAAUGUCACUGUUUCUGUAUGUGCUCUCUCUCUCUCUCUCUCUCUCUCUCUCUCUCUCUCUCUCUCUCUCUCUCUCUCUCUCUCUCUCUCUCUCUCUCUCUCUCUCUCUCUCUCUCCAUAUUUCCUUCACCAAAAAGACCAAACAGAUCAUUCAUUGAAAACAAAACAAUAACAACAGACAGACAUACAAUUCUUAUUCCCUCCUUGCACUCCAACCUAUCGUCUUCAUAGCCCCCAUUCCCCUCCCAUUCAUAAACAAAUUAUAUUUCGAUUUACCACAAGUAUCAACAGACAUCACAGACUUUACAGAACAACCUCAGCCUUUUUCAUAUUUCCAGGAACCUCCAGAGACUUCAUCUUUCUUCCUUUCUUUGGAACGAGAGACUUUCACUCAAAACACGAGGGUCGAGUCUUUUUGGUGGACACUUUAGAGGAAAAAGUGGUCUUGUUUUUUUUUCUCUCUCUCUUUCUCAUUCCUCCUUUCCCUCUCUCUUCGCUCUCUCUAUCUAUCUAUCUAUCUAUCUAUCUAUCUAUCUUUCUCAUCACCCCCUUCCCUACCUCCCUCCUUCUAUCUGUCUCUUUCUUGUUAUGUUUUUUUUAAUCAUGUUUUCUCUCUCAUUUCGGAAACCUUGACGUAACGCAGACUCGACACGUCCUUAAAGCGAAUGGUCUUCAGGCAUGUGAUAAGUUACAUUAUUGAGCGAUAUGGUUAUAUUUCUAGGCAAUGCUUUCGUGAUUGUUCGUUUUGUUUGUGUUUUUAGUAAUAUGUUCAUUUAUUUGUCUCAUCUCAAAAUAAGUAUUAAACAAGUAUUAGACAGCUAUCUCCAAUAUUGAUUUAUUUUCUUUCCUUUUAUGGGUCAGACAUUUAUAAAUAUGAAGAGAUUUGAGAUAAAUGAAGUACUUGUACAUGCAUAAAGUAAGCAGAAUAAGUAGACAAGUGAAUUAUUAUUAUUUUAAGCAAAAUGUAAACAUGAUGAGAAUGAUUAUCGAUAGAAAGUUGGCCUGAAAUACAACGCUCUAGAUAUCAUGCACAUAUGCUAAACGGACUGAUGAGUUUACGUGCACACACACACACACACACACACACACACACACACACACACACACACACACACACACACACACACACACACACACACACACACA